AUGAAAGCAGCCACUGCGCUUCUACUCCCUUUCGCCUAUGCGGCACCAGCAUUUCCACCACCUGCAGAACUCAUCCAAGGUGUGGUCAACUCUAAUAUUAGCUUGAUUGCAGGGGGUACAUUACCAAACAAUACGGCAGCGGUAGCCACAGGUAUAGCUGUAACGGGUUUGCAACUAUUGGCCUCGCUCGAAAAUAUCGAAGCAUUCUUUUAUUCAGACGCCAUCCAAAACCUGACUAGUGGGGUGUACACCACUGGUGAUUUGCUUUUGAACGACACUAUUGAAAUAAUCGAAAAAAUUGCUGCACAAGAAGAAGUUCACGUUGCCACGGUUGGCGCUGUUCUCCGCCUAAACUCAGCGCCCGUGGUCCCACCUUGCAAGUACACGUUUCCAGCCACGAACUUCGACGAAUUCCUUGGGGUUGCCAAUCUUAUCACUUCUACCAACUUUGGCAGCGUCAUUGGACUACAACAGCAACUUGGCGGAAGUGCUCCUGCUCUUUCCCCAGCAACAACUGCCAUUUUAGGGGUCGAGACGCGCCAUGACGCUUUUCUGCGCAUCCUUCACGGCGUCGUUCCAAAUCCAGCACCCUUUGACACCGCGAUUCCUAUCGCAUGGGCAUACAAUAUCGGGUUGCAGUACACUGUGCCAGGCAGUUGUCCUGUCGAAGUUCCUUUACCAACUUACCCACAACUGUCUUUCGAUCCUGCCGAACCGCCAUCAUUUGCGAGCGCCUCCUAUCCGUCAACCAUAUCAUUUGCAUGGGAUGAUCAGCAGGCGUGGGUGCAGCGCGAGACGGGAAAGCAACUGUAUGCAGCCUGGAUCAACCAGUACAACCUGCCAGUGUACACACCGGUGACAGUUACUGGGGCAGGAUCCGGGAUCACACCAGUGCCGAAAGAUAUGCAAGCUGUUGCAUUUGUGGCAUUGACGACGUUGCAGCCGUUGGAUUUCACGGAUUUGCAGGACGCAACACUUGUUGGUCCUCUUGCAAUUGCAGUCUCUUGA